AUGAGCGGGGAAGAUUUUAUUUAUAGCGCCAUCACGAAUGAUAACAUGAACGCGUUCGACCUGAACGUAAUCGCCAGUACCCUCGCCAGUACGGACAAGCUGGUCCGGCAGCACAAGCAGCAAAAGGAAGAAAACGAUCUGCUGCGGGAAAAGAUCUCGUCCCUGCACGAAUCGGCCCUGCAGAUAAAGACGCUGUACGAGACGGAAUCGGCCAAAGUGGCACAGGCCGAAGCACAGCUAGCCUCUUACGUAAGCCAAUGUAAACAGCUGGAGGAACGGUGCCUGGAAGCAGACAGUAACAAGAUCAAUGCUGAUCUGAUACUCAUGGAACGGUUGGCGGAAAACGAUCGGCAGCAUGAGGAAAAGGAGCGACGGUACCAAUCCCUGAUUACCGACCUGAUACGUUACUUUUCCACGUCGGGACCAGAAUCGGUAGAGUGUGGCAAAAAGCGCGACCUAAAGCAUCAUCUGCCAUCGCUGGAUGUGCUGAAUCUUCCGGACGAUGUGAAAGCGUUCCUCCAACAGGCGGCCUUCCAUCGUAGUAAGCGAAGGAAGGAACGCACCAAGUCGGCUGUGUUGAAGGACCAAGAGUGCCAAACGGUGCGAGUGGAAAUGCGGACCAGCUCAAACAACACUGAUCCGUUCUUGGCGCCCUGCCGGCCAGAGGUUAGAGACUGUGGAACUGAUGCUCCCGAGGCGCCGAAGGAACAACCGGUGAGCAAAACGUUCUGCGAUAAAGCCACCAUGCACAGCAUGUCAACGAUCACCAGGGCAACGUGCACGUCCGUGUUUAUAAAGCGGGUGGAUGUUGGCGUCAAUUUCCCCGAGGUAACGCUCAAAUCCGUGGACGAAAUUCUACGCGAAUGUGUCCCGCUACCGCCACUGCUUCUAACGCCCAUCACCGAUAUUCUGCCCCUGUACGAGUCGGUGGGCACGCAAACGGACCAACCCGAGCCGAGCGUGGAAAAACCCUCCCUGGUCACCUGUGGCACGAUGACGGUUUUGAAGAACAUUCGCAAACGUAUCGAUUAUCGUAUGGUGGAGCAACAGUACGCCAGCUCCAUGGCAGAGCAACUGUUUGGGAAGAUCAAGCAGGAAGACUUUGCUGCGCCUGGGUUCGAGUUUGAACCGCACGAUACGUUCGGCAGUAUGCAUCCACAUCUUUCCACCAUCUGGCGGUUGCUGGGCGAAAGCAUAUUUAUGCUGAUGAGCAGUGGCCGACGGUUUGACAAUCAGUGUUACAACAUGCUAAACGAACAACUAACCACCAUACGCGAUAUGCUCGAAGCGGAUGGACGCCGUGAGUCGGAACUGAUGAGCACCAUGUUUUCUAACGUACGGGCAACGGUUGUGGCUGCCGCGGGGUAUGGAAAGGAUCGAGGGACGACAGCACCGGUUGCGCCACCGCAUGUUGUACUACCGGUCAGUAGUAGCACUGCGACGGAACUGGACAGUGGUGAACCGGCCGCUUCAGUAACGGAUGCUUGUGACUGUGGUGGUGGUGUGAUGGACUUGGAAAAGGAAAUUGAGACUGUGCGAGCUGUUUCAGCAACCAAAGAGAUAAGCAAUAACGAGGAAUCAGCAGUAGUAGUAGUACUAGUAGAGCCAGAAUCCCAUUUUCCCGAGCGGCAAAUCACUCCAAAUGUAAGCAGCGGAUCGAAAGUCGAAGCGGUAGCUCAAAGCAUAGAAACUAAUGGUACCGAAGUGGUAUCGAAGACAAGUAAUGACGAGAAGCAACAGACCAGUGAAAUCUCACCUUUAACAUCGCCUUCAACGUCUGCCGAUGUGGAACAUUGUUUGAUCCUAGACAAUGAAGUCGAUCGGAUAGAACAGCAAAUGCAGAUGAUGGAGGAAGGCGAAAAACAACUUUCAACGCUAGUGGGAUCAAGAAAUCAGAUGUUGGAAACGGAUGACAGUCCUCAGUCCGAAGAAAAUGAGUUGAGCGUAACAGGUGUGUCUGAACCGGAACCAGCAGCAAAUGAACAAUUACCACCGCCACCUAUAGUAGCGGUACCCCGCCCAUCCACACCUCCACAAGUUUUGUGCGUAUCGAGCUGCUACCCUCCAGCAUCCACUACCGCCACAUUUGUUUCCCCGAUCAAGGUAAAGGAAACGAAUCAGCUCGUCAAGGAUCAGUUCAAAACACCAACCCAACCACCAAUUGGUAAGCGCAAGCAACGCGCUCGCCGUGCCGAUGAACCACCACAACUACCUCACGCCUCGAAACGGAUUCGUUUCGACGGUCAAUCGAACAACGGCGGUUCGUUAUCGGGCGGGCGUCCAACGUCACCCACGACCGAGUUUUUGCUGGAAGACGAUUGGGAUGAAAAGUUUUCAUCCAUUAUGGCGCACAUGGCUGGACCGUUGAAGGAAAGCGGCGAGAGAAGGCCACUUUCACCGAUAACCGAUCGGUGUGAAGAGUAUGUUGUUGAGCUGAUGGAGCAGGAGAAAGACAAAGAUGAUAGGGUAGUGGAGAAGCAAGAAACGUUGCCUAUGGAUCAAGAAAGUAAUGAAGAGGAGAAUAUAAGGCCGGUUGAAAACGUCACACGAAUAGAAGAAGCGAAAGAUUCCACCACUGUUGAAGUACAAGAUGGGAAGAUUUGUGUGGAUGAAAGUAAGUCAACGCAAGAUCUCGCUGACAUUGCGCCAAUCGAAAGGAGAUCGCCUGAAGAGUCGAAGGACGAGCAUAUUACAUCGGAGCGUAAUUUGCCCCGAGAAAGGAGAUUAUCGGAGGAAGAAGAAAGAACUCUUUCUACAGCUGUCGAUUCGGUAAUUGAAAACUCGGAUACAUCUGUAUCUAUGGACACAUCCGACAAGGAUGAAUGCUCGAACUAUAUUGACCCUCCAACAGCACUCGAGGACGGCGAGAUCAGUGAAGAGCUUAAUGAAAGUUUCAGGAGCACAGGUGAGCUAGUGAUCGAUAUAGAACCACCGCUACCUGACGACGACAGUAAGCCAUCGACUAUCGUGUGGGAUUCUCCAAUGUCACCACCAGCGCACGAAACGGGUAGUCUCUCGGUAUCUGUAGAAGCUCCUUCUCACCCAAUUCCUUGUGCAACGGAUUCGCCUCUUUCACCGCCACUUCCCAGCGAUCGUGGCUCACCAGCACCUGCAACAGAACCACCGCGGAUACCACUGUUCCAUGUUGCCCUCCAUUCACAACUACGCCAACAAGCCCAAGAACGCAAGGAACCAAUCUACGCCUUCAUUGCACUUCACAAAGCGAAAAAUGGGCAAGAAUCGUCCCACCGACAUACGGGCCGGUUCAAUGCCCAGGAACAGCAGCUGUUGCAGCAACUAACCGAUAUUCUAACGAUGUAUCUGCAACGCCCGGAUUGGAGGGAGACGGUCGUAAAUGAAACCAUUACGGCUGUGCUGAACUGCACCCAAGACGUAUACCUGAUGUCCAUUGCCUUGCUCGAGCUGGUUGUAUCCUGUGGUGAUAUUACGGUGAAUGUUCUCUGUUCACCACCAGCUCCACCGCUACCGCUAGUGCAGCAGAAGCUUAUCCUUAUCGUACGCCACCUAGGAUACGGGCUGGAUGCGCUAGAGCAGGUCCUGAUGCGAGAGUUGGACAGGCGAAUGUUUCAACUGAAAGGCGAUUCAGUGCCACUGACAGGGCUGAUAGCGCUUACCUUUCUUUACAUAGGUCUGGAGGAUAGUAAACCUUCCGAGACGCCCUGGAAGCGCGAGUACAACGUUCGGUUGUACAUGUUCAAGUGUUUGUACUAUUUCGGCUUCAAAGGUUUACCGCUGGUGUACUACGUGCUGCGAGCAUUUCCAUUUGCCCUCCCGAAGAAGGGAAGCGCUCAUUAUGACAAUUCCGAUGCAAUGAUCGCCACCCUACGCACGAUCCUGAUGAAUGUAAACUAUUCGGAAAAUAAGGUCGGAUCGUCCGAAGCGGGCCUCUAUCGCAAGCGCGAAUUACUCUGGUUGCUGCGGAACACGUACGGAUAUCAACAGGGUAGUCCAACGUACGAAGAGUUGGUUGUAAAUCUGGUAGAAAAGAUACGUGCCAACAAACUUCGCAAUGUGGCACACUCGCUAAUACUGGUAGCGAAACGGAACGGGUUCGAUUGGGCACGUUUACACAUCAUCCAGAAGCGUAUCUAUCCACUGCUGAACGAUUACCUGAAACAAUUCGAGCUGCUGCGAGCAGCUAGCCCCAGCGAUCCUGUCGCAUCAACAACAGUAGCCAACCUAGACGAGCGGAUCGUAACGUGCAUCUUUACGAUUGCGUCCAUCAUGAAAACGCAACCAUCGAACGAAGAUGCAUCGCGUGUGAUGCAGAUAUUCACCACGAUCGUGCAACUAUCGGAAGGGAACCGCGCGAUACAGGAGGAGGCAAUUGCGGGGCUGAUCAAGUUUAGCCGGUUCGGAUUUGUGGACAUUUUUCAGCGACUGAGCAGCUGGAACCCGGACUAUCCGAUCAGUGAUCGGAUAAAGUUGAUGCUAAUGACGAUGGUGCAUCGAAAACCGCCCCUCUUUUGGAAGCAAUUGUUACAAAAUCGAAUUGUGUGA